AUGCUGGUGCAUUUGUUACUUUCAAAACUGGAUGGGUUCCCUCGGUCCGUGGCAGAGGCGCUACCCAGGCUCUGGAAGGACAAAUUCAAAGAGAAUGAGUCCUCAACACAAAUGAACGCCUACAUGAAGCUGAAGACGUUACGCAUGGAGGGGGACGUGACAAGCUAUUGCGUAGAAUUAGAAAAACUCACGCAAAGAGCUUACCCUGAAGCUUCUGAACAGGAGCUGUCGCGUACACGGGCCUCGGAACUGGUCGCUCAGUUAUCGAAUUGGCCAGAAUAUCUUCAGCUGUACACGACCAUGGAAGUAGCACCAAAACAGCAGGCGUACGAAAUGGUCAAAACAAUGGCGCAAAGAGGUGUGAGCGUAGCAGAGCACUCGCGACCGCAACUAAAAAGACGCUGGAUGCCUCCAAGCUGCGUCGUUCUAUUCCGGAAGAACACAAAGAGAGAGUCUACCUGCGCCACGAGCCACAGGAAUAAAGAGGUAUUAAGGGUUGCAAAUGAGCCAAAGACGGGUGCCAAAAUGUAA